AUGAGUUUCAAGACUACAGAGUUCACGCAUGCCCGUGCAUCCAGCUUGCAUUGGCUUUCUCAAGGAGCAGCAAACCAGGCAAUCCUGCUGAAUAUUGGAUCCGAGCAGCUGCACGCCGUGGCUUGGGUGAGGACGCAACCCGAGCUGAGCAUUGAAUGGCGGUUGCUGAAUGCAGGCGAAGAAGUCCAGGCAUUUGGCUACGCCCCCGAGUUCAGGGAAAUCACGGGCAGGUCUGGAGCAGCAGCUUUCCAAUUUGCUGAUCAUGCCACCGUCUCUUGGAAGAAGUUCCCUCCACCCAAAGCAAUCAAAGAGGGACUUCAGACGUGGGUGAGCAACAAGGUGAACAUGUCAAUGCAGGCAUGUGGUUCCUGCCCGGAUGACACUGCUCUGACAUGGGUGGGAUGGCCACAGCAGCUUCCCUUACCUCCCGAGAGCGAGCUGGCAUGUCUGUGGAGGAUAGCUCACGAAGAUGCAGACAGCUGCCGAAUUCUUCGGGCGAGAUUAGGGUUUGCAUCCGUACUUGCUGCCAAGAAAGGGGAACAGUCCAAGUUUCAUUGGCACGUGGCUCUUGCCUGCGCCAUGUCCUACUUUCCUUCUGAUUUUCCUCGGUUGCCGGCAUGGGCCCGGAGGGCUGUGUUGCCUCGGACCUCAUCGGCAACACCUGAUGAUGUCGAAAAAUACCUCCGCUCUUUCCAAUGCCUGGUAGCACGGACUGAAGAAGAGUGCCGAAGAGAAGAAGAAGUGAGGCCCAGCAAAGCAGACAGUCAACGCUGGCAGGAGCUCAAGAAGUUUGAGCAGCGCGAGCUUCAGAGGUUUAAGCAAGAGGAAGUGCGACUGGCAGAAUGGGAUUUGUCUCUCAAGAGGCAGGCCAAUGAAAUUGAUGCCAAGCAAGGGCAAGUUCGCUCUGAUCAAGAGCAUGUCAACCGAGAAGUGCGUGAGGUCACGAUUGAAUGCGAGACAUAG